AUGGGUCGGAAGCUUCCGCGAAACGGGUCGAACGAGCUUACCAAUUCGCUGCUUCUGACCGCGUGGCUGGCGACUGUAGCGCCCGCUACAUCCGACCGGCCCUCGAUCUUAUCCGAUUCUUCGUUAUUGUCACCCCUCGCUACAGUCAACUACUUCGCGUUCGGAUCAAAUCUCAACCUGGAUCUGCUACAGCGGCGGUCAACGGGAGUCAACGCGCCUGUAGCACACGUUCUGGGUUCGGCUGUAGCAGAGGAGGAUCCGGUUGUAGCAGAGCCGGCGGUGGUGUACCAUCAUCGCCUGGCGUUCAACAUCCGCGUGCUGCCGCCAUUUGAACCGGCUGUAGCGGCGAUUGAGCCUGUCGCAGGGAUGAGACCGUCUGUAGCAGGAAAUAGGCGGGAUAGAGUCGCGGGGACCAGAUCAGCUGUAGCGGGAAGUGAAUCAGCUGCAGCGCAAAGCAGGGCGGCUGUAGCUGAGGCCGGUUCUGCUGUAGCGCGAAACGGGGCGGCUGUAGCGGGGAUGGAGGUUGGCGGUGAGUUGGCGUGUGGUGAGUUGGCAUGUGGUGAGUUGGCAUGUGGUGAGUUGGCAUGUGGUGAGUUGGCGUGUGGUGAGUUGGCAUGUGGCUCUGCUUUUCCCUCCUCCCCACCGCCGUUCUUUCUCCUCCAAAUUGCCCUUCUCUGUUCUCUUCCUACCCCAGGCCGUAACCCUCUGCUUCAACCCUCUGAGCCAAUCCCAACAGCCCCUCGUUCCUCCCCUCUCGCAAGGAGCUUCCACCCUCUCUCCGCCGUUUCUCCUCUCUACCCCCCAUCCGCCCCUCUUAUCCCUUUCCCCUCUCUACAACAGUCCCUAACCCUCCGAGCCAAUCCCAACAGCCCCUCGUUCCUCCCCUCUCGCAAGGAGCUGCCCCUCUGA